AAUCUAACACGUUUAGCCUUACAAGACGUUUGAGGUGGCAUCUGUUGCCAUUUUUGUUGUCGUCAUAUUCCCAAUAAGUCAAUCAUUUUAAAGUUGUAUUACUCAGAUUUACAAAGAUGUCAUUACUAUGAAGUUCAGCUCUGUUGAGGACUUCAAAGUGCUUAAAUCUUACUCCGAGUAUAAAAAACAGUAUACUUUAUGUAUUUUUUUGAAUGCGCAGUAGGUUUUUCAUUUCAAUACAGAACCUUAAUUUAGGAUGUUUUAACAGAAUAUAUCUAGGACAACACAAUAACCAGGUCUAUCUCGUCCAAAAUCAUGCUCCCAAAGGUAAAUGCCUUUUUCACACUAGUUAUUUUAAGUUGUCCUGGGCAUCCACUGUGGAAUUAAGAGGAUUUACUUCCACUAAGCGUCCCAGUAACGCCAUUACAAUGAACCACCACAGCUGGACCUCCUCUAAGUGGAAUGCAGCUACCAUGAAUACACCUGUGUUUUAUUUUCCAGAAAAGGUCCAUUGCAACACACUAUACAAAGCCAGUGAUCAAAUAGCAUACUCCGUGUAAACACAGUUGGUCUGUUUAUCAGUUAUGCAGUUUAUUAUAUCAAACCUUGGGCCAACACUUAACUUUACUUUGUUUCUUUACUUGGGAUGUGUGAGUGUGUCAUAGUAUCAAACAAUCUGUGCAAUAAGCAGUAGGUCUGAACAUGAGCUGCAUACUGAUGUGCUGCGCAGAGGACGUUUUGUACUGAAAAUACAAAUUUGAAAGUAGUUAAAGAUUAUUCUUCUUUUUUUAUUCUUAAGUCUGGUUGUCUAGGUACUUUUUUGUUAUUUUACUGUUUUUCAGUUUAAAGGAGCUGUUGGGAGUAGUUAGAGAUGUAGCAUGUAGUAGUAUGUGCCUAAAACCCUCUGAACUGCUCCCGAGGUGCUUCACAUGGCUGCUCACUUGGAUGGUUUAAAAGCGGAGGAUAAAAACUUGUAGUUACAUUAACAUUCAAGGCCGAUAAAUCUGAUAUCAUAUUUAAUUUCCUUUGCAAAGCUCCCAGAUAAACCCCACAUGUUGGCACCUGCUGCUGUGAAAGUCAAAGCCAAGCUAGAAAUAUCAUCUGUAAUCAAAACUUUUCUCUUCUGAAGAGUGGAAUGGUUAUUGUUUUUCCGUUACGAGGAAUCGACUCAUCAAUCAAUGCUAAUGAAAAAAAAAAUAGUUAAAGGGCAACGAGCGGUUGCUGUGGUGGUCACAUGCUCUUUUUUUUUUGUUGUCCUUACAUAAUCCUUUAGUUACCUUUCUUUGCAUAUCACUCGAUUAUACAAAAAGUACCAAUCAGUAAUGAUGACACUAGAUACUCCUAUUAGUUGUGGUUGUAAGUCUGUGAACACUUGAGGUAUUUAUUGUGUCUGGAGGUAUUAUAUAAUACCAGAACUAUUGAACAAAGACCUCAUUACUGGUGAGCAGCAGCCUCGAUUUUUGUUUCUGUUUAAGUCGUAUACAGAUAUAUUAAUAGAAACCCCGCACACUGAGUUAUAAUUGUUGGUAUUUGUCUCUGCCUGUGUCUGUUGUGGGUCUUCUAUCAGCAUGAGUUUAUGUCGAGAUGUGUUAGUGCAGAGCUGCAUUGCCGUGGCUGUGUGACAGAGAGUCAGCAUGAGAGGGAGGGACUAAAGGAGCAGGACAAUACUGGUGUUUGUGCAACGGCCCCAGAGUGGCCGCGAGCUCUCUCAGAUCGCUCUCGCUUGACUACCAGUGCUGCAUGCAUUGUUAAAGUGAAAGGAAAGUGGACAGCUUGAUCCUGCGUGUGGGAUGCAUCGACAGAGACAACGGGAGAGAGAGAUCGGGUUUUUGAUGUGAAGUGCAACAAAGCAGAGAGGCUGGCAAGGAAACACAGACCUGGUGGUUUUGGCCACAACAGAGAAAGAAGGCGUCCGCCCCUGCCGUAAGCAGGGAGAGGAAGAAGGAGGUCCUUUCCUGUACCACAUCAAGGGAAGCUGGUGCGGGUGGCCAGGUGAGGGCUGAACCGUGGUGACAGCUUCAGGCCGUGCGCACGGACGAGUGACAGAGGAAGGGGAGGAGGACGAAGAGAGGGAAGAGCAGAGGGCCUGGGCGUGGAGCCCAAACACAAUUAGGAUGGGAGAAAAGAAAGUUAGUCUUCCCGCUAAGCUGAUUAAUGGGGGCGUGGCAGGCCUGGUUGGUGUGACAUGUGUGUUUCCUAUUGACCUGGCCAAGACCCGCCUACAGAACCAGCAGGGCAUCCAAGUCUACAAAGGAAUGCUCGACUGCCUGGCAAAGACGGUACGCUCAGAGGGCUAUUUUGGAUGCUACAGAGGUGCGGCAGUCAACCUCACGCUAGUUACGCCGGAGAAGGCCAUCAAACUGGCUGCUAAUGACGUCUUCAGGCAGAAGCUCUCUAAGGACGGUCAUUUGCCCCUGUGGGGGGAGGUACUGGCCGGGUGUGGGGCUGGGACCUGCCAGGUGGUGGUCACCACUCCCAUGGAGAUGCUCAAAAUCCAGCUACAAGAUGCAGGAAGGCUUGCUGCACAAAGGCCUGUGCCAGCUCCGGCUCAGGCUGCCGCUCCUGGUCCGGCUCCAUCGUUGGUGGCCCCUCCACCACGAGCCCGGUCGACCCCCCCACCACGGGCCUCAGCCACCAGCAUCACUGUGGAGCUGCUGAGGACUCGUGGCCUGGCUGGCCUCUACAGGGGGGCGGGAGCCACCUUAAUGAGGGAUGUCCCCUUCUCAAUGAUCUACUUCCCGCUGUUUGCCAACCUCAACGCGCUGGGCCGGGAAAAAGCAGCCGGCCAGGCCAACGUGCAGACCCGGGCGCCUUUCUGGCAGUCCUUUAUGGCAGGUUGCUCUGCAGGAUCAGUGGCGGCUGUGGCGGUCACACCUCUGGAUGUGAUCAAGACCCGUCUGCAGACCUUGCAGAAAGGGGAAGGGGAGGACACAUACAGAGGGAUUCUUGACUGUACAAGGCGCAUCCUGAGACGAGAGGGCCCAUCAGCAUUCCUGAAGGGUGCGACGUGUCGCGCUUUAGUCAUCGCCCCUCUGUUUGGCAUCGCGCAGGGUGUCUACUUCCUAGGGGUUGGGGAGAUGGUGCUGGAUUUGUUGGGAUAGCAGCGCUUGGGGGAUCAGUGGCAGAAGGAGGGAGGGAGGGGGGUUGCGUUUUGAUUUCUGUACAGAUAAAAUGCUGCUUUAAUCCGCAGCUAACGAGCGGCCGCUAACCAAAGGAAGAGCGACGGUCUGGGAUGUGAAGGAGCUCCAUUUACUAAUAUGUGGACGAGUGAGGUUCACGCUAAUCGUGUUCGUCUAGGUUUUUAACGUGCUGUCAGCGGGGGUUGUGGAGGUUCAACAAGGUCUUGUGCAUGCGUGUGACUGAUCUGAGGUGUCCCGAGCUGUCUCGGUUAUCCCAGGGUUCUUGAUGCAGUGUUACGCCUAGGGACGGGCAUUGAUAAGACUUUAUUGAUGCCGAUUCCACUGGCGAUUCUGCUUAUCGAUACGAUUCUUUAUCGAUUCCCUUAUCAAUUCUUCCUGUGAGUUUCUAAACAAGAGAUAAGAGCUUGUGUAGGAAAACAAAUUGGUCACUGGAUCCUCACUAGCAAUGCUCUGCAGAUACUUAGGGAUAGCUGCACUCCUUGACACGGGUCGGUCUCGGUGUUUAAAGCUGUGUGACGUCAACAAUGUUGGUGGUGUUGAAAUUACGGUGCUGCAUAAGUUGCACUGUUUCAGUCCCUUCUGGAGAAAUUAAGCCACACUUUCGACCAUUUCAGCCUCUGCCAUUGCUUCUCCCUCGUCGUCACGUGAUGUGCACUGCCGCCACCUUCUGGUCAGGGAUGUAAAGAUUCGGCACGAAAAAUAUCGCUAAGGGGAAUCGAUGCACUUGAAGGCCAAUGAUGUCGAUGAAUUGACCCAGUUGGAAUCGACGCCCAUCCCUAGUUACACUUGUCCUUUUUUUUUCUUUUUUUUUUUGACCUAAAAGAGAUUACUCUGUCUCCAUUUUAUUUGUGGCUGCGAGCUAAAUUGCCUACUAAUCAGAUGCAGCAUCAUCCAAUGCAAGUGUUUCAAUCUUUUAUUUUAACAUUGCACGAUGUUUGAUGCCGACACUUUAAUGUGCGACGGAGCUCGACAUCCUUCUUUCCACCCUGUUACGCGAGUUCCUCCCACUCCAGUCCACGGAGGUCAGGGUCGUAAUCUCGGGUUCUUCCACUGGACUGGGAGGCGCCGCCUUCCAGCAUGUCCAAGGUAAUUUGUUAAUCUGAUCGUAAUGCUUUAAUCCCUGUUUUAGCGUACAAUAUACCCCAACACACAGCUCACUUCCUGCUUAGAGGCCACAGGUUACCGCUGCUGGACCUCUAUCUGAUCGACUCCAUCUUCUCCACAGCUUUUCAGGGUCUAAAUGAAACCACGAGGGGGGGGUCAGCUCCGGUUAGAAAUAUGUUGUUCUUUCAAUAACGUGUGCAAAAAAAAAAAAAAUGAAAUGAAGUUGCAGUUCUAAUCCCGGAUUCUUUCGCUGGAUUGGGAGGAGCUGCAUGCCAGUGUCUUUAAGGUCAUUUGUUAAUCUGAUGGUAAUGCUUUAAUCCGUGCAUUAGCAUACAAUAAACCGUAACACCCAGCUCACUUCCUGCCUAUAGCCCUCCAUGACCACUCUGUCUUAUAGUAAGUAACCUCUACUCCACAGCUCGCCAGGGUUUAGUUAAAAACCCGCGAGACGCCUCUGGUUUAUUUUACUGCUUUUAGUUACAGCUAAAACAAAUAAUAAUAGAAAACGUUGCACGCACAAUAACUAAAGAAAAAUGCAAUAAAAGCCUUAUCACUGCUGGUAGUGUCUAAAGCAUCAAAACUGCAAGUCUUAAAUGAACUCAGCGGAAGCGGCGGCGUUGAAAUACCGUUUUUGGUACUUGAAUCCAGUUUGUAGCGGAGACAAUUGUAUUCGUUAGACCCGUGGAGGGAGUAUGGCACCUCGUCUCGCCAACUGUUUGCCAUUACUUGAGCCCACUGGGUGGCACUAAAAACCUUUCUUGUUUUUCUUUUUCUUUCUUUCUUUCUUUCUCUUUUUUUUUUUUUACAUUUUUAAUGCAAGACGUAUUUUGAUGUGGCUAGUGUACAUAUGCUACUACAUUUUCCUCACAGUACAGAGAACAUAGCCGGAGUAAACUGUCUGUUUACAAGCUGUAAAUAAAGAUAUCUCAUACA